GUGUGUAGUGUGUAGGUGGUGGAUGCAAAGCAAGGCCUCCCCAUUCACUCUCUUGACAAUGCAUUCCCACAUAGAGAGAAUCCUGUGGAGCGAGGACCAAAUUUCUCACCGAGUCUCUGAACUCGCCGCCCAAAUCGCCGGCGACUUUAACGCCCGUUCUUCUGUGCCCGUGGUCGUCGGUGUGGCCACCGGCGCAUUUCUCUUCUUGGCCGAUCUCGUUCGCAAAAUCGAACUCCCCAUCGCCGUUGAUUUCGUCCGAGCUGAAUCCUACGGUUCCGGAACCGAGUCCAAUGGCGCACCCACCAUUUCCUUAGAUUUGAAGGUCGACAUCAACGCUCGCCACGUUAUCUUGGUUGAAGACAUUGUAGAUACUGGACACACUUUAUCCAAGGUCAUUGCAUACUUGAAAUCAAAAGGAGCUUCCUCUGUCUCUGUGUGCACAUUCCUUGAUAAACCUGCAAGGAGAAAAGUUAAUUUUCAACUGGUGGGUGAAGGGAAAUUCUAUCGUGGAUUUGAGUGUCCAGACUAUUUUGUUGUAGGUUAUGGAAUGGAUUUUUCCGAACUGUAUAGAAAUUUGCCUUACAUUGGUGUCUUGAAGCCUGAACACUACAAGUGAUCGUAUGUUUCUUAGUUGUCACUGGUCACACGUGGAACCUUGAAGUAUUAAAUAUGGUUUUCUAUGUUUUUAUAUCACUCAUUCUUCCGAUUAUUACACUUGAUUCAUGGAAUGAAAAGCUGAUAGAAACUAGAAGAAGAGAAUAAGAUGCAUUUGAUGUGCGCUUUCCAUGGCUAUAAUGCCAUUAUAAAUUCUUCAGAACUUCACAGUUUCAUUUUUCUAUUAUCAUAUUUGAUC